CAAAUUUAAUUUCUGCAACUCGGUAGUAAGAUACGUUGGAGUGCAGCAUAUGAAAUGAUCUUAAAAUUAUACACUAACACUACGUGCAGAUUAACAGUCUGAAGAAGGGCUGAGCAGAAUGAAUGUACAAGCUCUCUGCAAUGUGUGUGAGAACACAUUUAAUAGCACCAAUCACAAGCCUCUGCUCUUGCAGUGUGGUCAUACCUAUUGUCUAGCCUGCCUUAAAGACAUCGAGGCUUCGGGCAAAAAACUUUGCCCAUCAUGCAGAGAAGAAUGGCGGGGUGAAUCGUAUGAGUUACCAAUCUCCUACAUGCUGAUACCUGGUGCAAUACCUAAAUCAACUGGUGAUGCUGCUGGCAACAAAGUUGACUAUAACAUGUGCUUGUUGCACUCAUACACCAUAGAACACUGGUGCUGCAAAUGUCGAGUUGCCACCUGCAAGAAGUGCAUUUCUGAGAUGCAUUAUGCUCAUGGGCUGGUUGCCUUUGAAAAUGUUGUUGGUUACGAAAUUAGCAUGGAACAAAUAAAGGAAGCCUUCAAUGGAAACCUUGGAAAUAAAUUGAAAAAAGACCUGAAAGAUUCAGUUAGUGUAUGCAAUGAAGGACUGGAAUUGAUUGAGUCAAUGAAAGAGAUUGAAGCAAAACUAUUGUCACGGAAGAAACAUCUCCUGGAUCAAGAACAGAAUUUAUCAGCUUAUAUGGAGAAUGUAGAAAACACCAGUGAGACAGCAUUAAAAGAAAAAUUUGAGACCUUCUUGAAAAUAAUGUCGUGCUGUGAUGUGGAAAAAACAAGUCUUUCAUCAGAAUUGCAAUUGGCUUUGCUGAAAUUUGAUGUCUUUGGUGGAGAAUUUCAGUCAUUGAAUGAAGAUCUGGAAGCUGAGAAGCGACACCUGCUGCCGGAAGAGCUCCCAGUAUUGGCAGAAAACAUUGUCAUUAGAGGAGAAAAAAUGAGCAAGAAAAUUGUGCAAGCUCGGUCAUCUAUUCCUGCAGGUGAAGAGGCCACAGUUACAGUGGUAUCCUCUGUGGAAGACCCCAUCAUUAGCCUGCAAGAUCUUCUCUUAUACCUGAUGAAGAGUCGCACUGAUAUACACCUCCAAUUGUUGGAUACCUUUUUCAAUGGCAACAGCGGCAGGGCAGAUGAUUCCAUCCGACUGAAACUUUUCUUGCGCCAAAACUUUGGGGAUCACCUAGCAUCAUUCUACGGUCACCUGACGUACACCGCUUGGGCCAAGCUUGGUGUUGCUGAACUACCGAAGCUUGGGCUGCACCUCCAGUCUGGAGCUGACGUGGCUGAUGUCAACAAGAUCCUGAAUGACAACUUUGGUGCUGUUAGCGUUGAGCCUGUAUCCCAUGACCAUUAUGGCAUGUGA